AUGCGCUCGGGAUCCGGCCAGUCAUCGCCCAGCGCGCCAAACGCCCGCCCGCUGUUUCCCCCAACAGCCGCUUCUGGAGGAGCUGGAAAUGGCGGGAGCUGAGGGAGGCGAUGAGGGGCUGCCGGCCCUCGCUGCUCUGCUGCGGCCGCUGCCGGCGGCCGGCCGGGCGGCCCCUCCGAGGGUGUCGUCUCCCCCUCCGAGGCGAGGGAGCGGCGUUGUGAUGCUGAGCAGCGACAGCGAGGACGAGGUAGAGGUCGUUCCCCUGUGUGAGAGGGUCAGCAGGAGGCUGCCGCCCGGCGGCCCGACGCGGAGCGCUGCGGGGCCGGGGCUUCUGCCGGCGGGUGGCGGCGAUGCGGCUGGGCGGGACGGCCGUUGUCACGGCGGCGAGCGGCUGGCGGUUGGCCGCAGGGAACGGGCUGUUCCGAAAGCCGCGCUGUUACCCGAGGGAGGACCUUCCGUCAGCCCGGGUGUCGCCUUCGGCUCUGGGGGGCCCGCGAUCCCCCCGGCUGCCCCUGUGAGUGAGCGUGCGGCCCGGCCUGCGGGGCCUCGGGAUAGUGGAGAAAAUGCAGAAGCUUCUCCUCCUCCGAAGAAGCCGAAGUACAGCCAGCAGGAAAGGGAGGCGGUUUGCCAGGCGGCCUGGCGGAGGAGGAAGGACCGGGAAGCGAGGAGAAGGCGGCAGGAGGAGGAAAAAGAAAGAAAGAAGAACCUCGCCAAAGUGCUGAAAGCUCAGCGGCCGGGGGAGUGCCAGAAGUACAUCGCCGUGGUGCUGGAUCCAGUUCUGUUACAGGUUGAAGGUGGGGUGCAGAUCCACGCUGCUUUGCAGUCUGCAAAUUAUUCCUGUGUGGUUGAGAGCCAGGCUGUUCCCUGCAGCAUUACCUGGAGGAGGAAGUCAGUGUUAUCUCAGGCUGAGGACAGUAAUGAAUGGACAGAAGAGCCAAAUCUCCUGGUUCUGCUUGGCUUGGAAGAGUUCUUGUCCAUGGUUCGUAACUACAAGCAAGAGGCCCAAGGCUGCGCGGAACAGAAGGAGACCUUACAGACCUUUGUAGCUCGUGUGAUGGAAAAGAUGCCUGGGAAAAUCCUGGCUCUAACAGUUGUUGAAGUAGAAAAAUAUUUCAGAUGUCUCAGAGCUCAGUCAAAAAAGAGACUGCAACAGGCUACAGUGAAUAGGAGCCAGGCAGAAGAUAGAGGAGACCAGAGGAAGAAACAAGUUAAGGAUCCUGGCCUGGAGAUAACCAGACUGGAUGUGGAAGCUGCCUUGGUGGAUUUGCAACUCUGCACACGUGUCCAAGUCACUUUUUUUGAGAGCUGGGAGGAACUUGGAGAAUUUGCCACUAUGUUUACAAAAGCUGUAGCUGAAGCACCAUUCAAGCGAGAGCAGCAGAAUACAGGAUUCUCUUUCUACUUAGAGAACAAGUGGUGCAGAGGUGUGAAAGUGGAUCAUUCUGGAAAGGGUCUCUUUGAAGUUUGGAAGAGACAGAUACAACAGUUUAACCGGGUCAGUGGGGAGAUGGCUGAGGCUGUUGUGUCUGCGUACCCUUCUCCUCAGCUGCUAGUCCAGGCCUACAGUAGAUGCUCCUCAGAGCAGGAGCGGGAAAACAUGCUGGCUGCCAUCCCUGUGCGCCGCGGUACCGGGGUGACGGCAACCUGCCGCCGGGUCGGGCCUGAGCUUUCCAGGAGAAUCUAUCUGCAGAUGACUUCCCACGAUCCUGAUCUCUAUUUGGAUGUCACUGGAUAGCCCAAAUGAAUGAAGAUCUUAUGGUUUCUCUGGUUGUAUUCAUCUUCCUUCUGGGAAAAAGUGCCUAGAGGACAAGUGAGCUCCUCGAUCGCAGCUUAAGGACUUGAAGCACUUACGGUCUUUGUCAUGGUAGAAGGAAAUUGGAUCAAAUUGCUGAAUGGCUGGCAUUUACACAGAAAGAUGUUGAAUGUCUUCCAUGACAGCAUGAAUUGGACAUGCCUUACAGCACUGGCGCUUUUCUUAUUUGUCAAAAGUUCUUCCAAGGGCGUAAAUCAUUUUCUAUAAUAACAUUAAUUAUUUCUUAAUGUGCUUCCUAGACUUUGGACAGGUAUGACUUCCAGAGGUCCCUUCUGACCUCGAGGUGUUCUGUAAUCCUGGCAUGUCUUCAUUGACUGUUUUCCACUGGUAUCCAAACUACAAGUAGAUACCUUCUCUUUCUUCAGUGUGACAAAUGGCACUGCUCAGUGUGGUGCUGCCCCCAGCACCUGCUCUGGUGAGGGAGAAGAACUUUACUUCACAAAGUAGGCUUUUUUAAAUUGUUUUCUGCUGUGCCAGAUGGGAAUGAGUAAGACUAAUUUUCGGAUUUAAAUUUAGGCUGCCCUGAUUCAGUCUGCAGACAGCUUAAUCUAUAGAGGGUCUUGAAAUCUGAUUAUAUGUGCUGGAAUUAUGAGACCUAAACAGUUGGCAGGAAAACCUUUCUUUUAAUUAGGUGGGGGAACAUGCUUUUCUGUCUACAAAGCCAUCAGCACUGGUGUGCACACAAGGACAGUUGAGGUCAUUUGCUACAGAGGCACUUACUGAAACAAGUGCUGAGUAUGAAUUGAACUGCAUUCAAUGCAUGGAAGUUACCUUUUGGAAAAGUGCCACCUCAAGUGGAAAAAACACCCAUGAGCUGCAGUGGCUUCACACACAGUGGGUGUCUCGGUGUGGCCAGUAGGUGCUGCUGACCUAAACUGACAAAUCUUAUUAGCCUUGCAUUUGCUGCCUUAAGCAGGACUCACUUCUAGAUGGUAGAGCUGCAGGUUGCUGCCAGGUGCUGACAAGCAGCUAUGUUGCUUUGAGUGUUGUUUGCUGUAUUUCUGGGUAAUAAGCAGUUAAAGAUAAUAACCUCUUAAAGACCAUGGGUUAAAAACAAAACCUAAACUGUUUCAAGGAAGCUUAGAAAACAUGUGCAAUAUACUGCUGUGUCAGAGGGAUGGGAAGCCUCUCUAUCCUUUUAUUUUAAAUCCAUGCUAUUGAUUUCUUCUGAAAGGCAGUGAGAGAACUACAGGUGUAUCAUAAAGCUAUGAGAAGGCAAAGGCUUACUAUUUCAAUUAUGACCUUGGUCAUUGAUAUGAAAUGGCAUAGAUGACUUCCUUGUAGUAGUGCAAUAACAGUGGAACAGAGGAAUUGCCAUUCCUUGUGUCAGUGUAAUAAUGCAAUCAUUCCAGGUAUGACAAAAGAGGGAGCAAAUCAGGUGACAAACACAGCUAUGUCUCUGUGGAGUUUGUAGCAUGGUUAUUCUGAAACCUGCACUUGCAUCAUUACAUUUACACUUCACUUUGUUUUACAAUCACAAACCCUGUAAGGAUAUGACAAACUUGUUUGGUUUUCCUCUGUGUGGAGAUUAUUUAGAAUAAUUAUGCCUUUACACAGCUGAGUUUUCUUCUUUAGACAGUUUGCCAAACCUCCCAGCCUUUGCAAGUCCCAGGGUGAAGAGUGGGCCAGGCUUUGUGCUGCUGCAACAGUGCCACCCAGCGCUGUGUGCUGCAGCAGCUUUCCUGUCUGCGUGUCAGAUCCCU